CAGCUCACUGCCGCAGUAAUGCAUGGCCUUGGAGCAAAGCGCGUUUUAACACUCCACCUUGCCCCAUUCUUCUAAUCAUAUCUGCAUACCAAUCACAUUUCUUUCGGGAAAGCAAAACAACUACUAUACCCAUGGCACUCCCCACUUCCACGAAGCUAAUUUGUUAAUCCCUUUCCGCAAGUAUAUAGCUCGCUCACUCUCACUCGGAGCUCGUAACAAAGUCAUCACUCGUCACAUGAGCUUGCUUGAGACUGCGAGCCGCGCACGGUGUUCAUCGGUAAUGGAAGAAGAGCGAGCGCUGUCCCCGGUGUCCGACGCCUCCACCACCUGCAGCAGCUCCGGCGGCGGCUCGGGCCCCGGCUCCCCCGCUGCGUCGUUGGCGUCUCUGGACGACUCCGGCGCCGCCAGCGCGGCGAGCAGCCGGAAGCGGCCGCGCCGGGAGCUGAAGCACCCGGCGUACCGCGGCGUGCGCAUGCGGGCGUGGGGCAAGUGGGUGUCCGAGAUCCGGGAGCCCCGCAAGAAGUCGCGCAUCUGGCUCGGCACCUUCGACACCCCCGAGAUGGCCGCGCGCGCGCACGACGUCGCCGCGCUCGCCAUCAAGGGCCGCGCCGCGCACCUCAACUUCCCGGAGAUGUCCCACGAGCUGCCCCGCGCGGCCUCCGCGGCGCCCGAGGACGUCCGCGCCGCGGCGGCGCUCGCGGCCGCGAUGGAGAGCGUGGCGCCCGCCGCGCCUAGCGAUUCUAGCCACGGCGGCGCCGCCGGCAGUGACGAGGACGAAGAGCCGGCCGCAUCCGCCUCACCCGUCCACGACGCUGGCAAUGCCGGAGGCGAAGAGAAGGCCGCGCCGUCGAUUGAGCAUCCGGUGCAGGCGGAUGGCCUCGUCCUGGAUCUCGCGCUCCUCGAUCUGCCCGACGUUCUGCUCGAGUUCGGGUUCGAGUUAGCGUUGCCGCCAACGUCGACGCCUUGUUGCUAUGAUUUGUCCUGGGACGAGCCGUUGCUGCUGUGGGAGCACUGACGUCAAGAGGGCGGAACUCGGCAAGCAUUCAAUGUGAAGUUAGAUAGAGUUGCCGAUGAUCAGCAUGCUGGAGUAACCGAGCAGUAAUUCGAUCUGUUCCUGCGUCAACUGUGAUGCUAAUUGGUUCGCACAUAUGUAACAACCCAGUAAAUUUCAGUAGUUAACUUGUUCCAGCUCGUGAUCAAGAUUCCAGGGCUUGGCCAUUCAUAGUACUGACAUUUAUGUACAUCUGUUUCCGAAUGCAAAAGAUAUGAAAGGCUUCUCGUUAGAAUUUUA